AUGCCUCUGCAGCAGAACCUUUUUGACUGCGGCAUCUUCGUCUGCCAGUACAUUCAUGCGCUUGUGGAGGCGUGCUUCGAAGGUGCUGAGAAUGGGGUGCGGUUCAGCAUGAGCCCAUUGGCGUACCGUCGUGGGUUACGGGAUGAUGUGUGCGCUCUUGCAGAGGGUCGGCUGAUCGGCGAGCUCACGGCGGCAGGGCAUGAGAUCCCUUGUGGCAAUGAGAUAAGGAAACCACCUGAGGUCGAUGUGAUUGGUGAUGAGGUGGAGGAUAGGGAGUGGAGAGCAGAGAUGGCAGAACGGAUGCAUCGGCUGGAGGUUCGCAACGAGAGUCAGGCGGUGGCUAUUGCCAAGCUUGAGAGGCAAUCACGGGAGCUUAUGCUACAUCGUCCUCCGCAUCAUGGUGUUGACUCUGCGGCUGUAGGGGAAGGGCAUGGUGAUGUGGCACCGGACGGUGGACCUGGUGCUCCGGCACCCGUGGUAGUCAUGGGUGGGGACAAUGGUGGCAAACAUGACAGCAUAGGAGGUGCACAUGGUGAGGGUCCUGUGGCUGACGUUGAGACGGGUGCAGUGAAUGUCAGUGUGCGUGAAGGUGGUGUGGAGGGGGAUACACCUGUCGGUGCGAGGAGUGACAAUGGAAAAGCGAGGGUGCAUGAUGCAGGUGCUGGAGGCAUGAUGGGUACUACGGAUGGUAACAGAGGUGCUGGAGAGGCCGUGGGUGCUGGGCAUGGUGUGACAGCAUCGAAUGUGAAUGUGGUGCCUGCACACAGCGCAGGGACUGAGACGACGAGUCGCAACACGACGCGUGGUCGAGCUCCUAGCUCAGGUUACACAGGUAUAAGCAAACGGGAAGGUAAGUGGGCCGCACGACUGUGCAUCGAUAGCGCUAAUAACAAGUUCCUUGCGCUGGGACGGUACACCGAGAUCUUGGAUGCCGCAACAGCUUAUGCAGCAGCCGCUCACAUCUGCCGACCGUCCAUCUCCAGUUCUAAAAUGGUGGAGUUGAGCGAGGAGGAUAGGAGGUGCUUGGAGGGUCUGAGUUCGAUUGGGGUUGAGAGGAUUGUGGAAGCCAAGCGGUGGCCGGAGUGGAGGAACUGGCGUGUAGUGCUCAGCAGCCUCCCCGAGCCUUCCACCCCAGCGCCAGCAGGAGUUCACACACAGGCUCCACCUCCCUUUUCCCACCAGCACCCUAGACCCACGUGCAAGAACCUAUGUCGGUACCCCCAGCCGGUUCAGUACCCAACCCUGCUGGCCAUGUCGCAACACAGAACACAGCACCCCAUCCGCAUGCCCUACCCACAACACCGGCCGUUGCACCCAGCACGGCACAUCCACAAGUCCAACAAGUACCGCCCUUAG